UCCUAGCCUCAUGUAGAUAAUAUAAAUAUGAUGUUAUCCGCUGUUCAGGGGAUUCGUUGAUUUAAUAUCCUCAAACAAGUGUAUUCUCAAACCUACACAGCCUACAAAAUGUCCUCAAACCCGCAAAACUCCAAACCCCCAUCAAACUCCAAACCCACGGGACCAAAUCGACGCGAGAUCCUGCGCGCAACAGCAGAAGAGACAAAAUCUCUUCUACCCCAGCUACUUGCCCUACGCCCCCAAGCUCCCCCAAACGGAUAUUACUACGCGCACGCGCGGACCCGCGUCCUAGACGCCAGAUACAAACCCAAGAAUCUCAGCACCACCGUAGAGGUCGUCAAUGCAGACACAUACGAUACAGCAAUUGACCUGGCCGGUGCAAACGGCUUCCUCCACCACGACCACACCGCCAAGGUCUGCGUGCUGAACCUAGCGAGCGAGAAGCACGCCGGUGGGGGCUGGCUGCGAGGCGCAAUGGCCCAGGAGGAGGCGCUCUGCUAUCGCAGUAGUCUGAGUUUCACGCUCAAGCGGCGGUUUUAUCCCAUUCGGGACCGUGACGCUAUAUACUCGCCGACGGUGCUCAUCAUGCGGGGAAACUUUGAUCAGGGCCAUAAGUUGAUGGACUUGCAACGACCGGAGUUAUUCCCCGUCGUCAGCGUCGUCAGUGUGGCUGCUGUGCGGAGGCCGGAGAUUCUGAACGCGAAUCCGCCUAGGUUCAAGCACAUUGCUGAUCGGCACUUGACCAAGGAUAAGAUGCGGGCUAUUCUCCGGGUGGCGGCGUACAAUAGACAGCGGAGGCUGGUCCUCGGCGCACUUGGCUGUGGGGCCUUUGCGAACCCUAAACAGGAGGUUGCAGACUGUUGGGCGGAGGUCUUGCAGGAGCAGGAGUUUCAGGGCUGGUGGGAACGCAUCGUCUUUGCGGUAUUAGAGAACCCCGGCGGGCCCGCUAUUAAUACCGGGAACUUCAAUACCUUUCGCAGCAAGCUGCAGGGUUUGAGAGUUUGA